AUGCCGUACAUUGCCCUCCGCUCGAAACGAGUUACGUUGGCUCCGUCUGAUACUGAAUCAUUCACUUUUCAAGCUGCCAAGAUUAUCCGCCAAUUUGCUAAAGAAAGCAACAAUUUAAGUCCGUCACCAGACGAGGGAAUGCCUCUCCGAGUGCUGGACCUGUGCACGGGCACAGGCUGCAUCGCCCUUUUACUGCAUGCACUUCUGGCUCCGAACUUCCAGAACAUGCAAAUUCUAGGGAUCGACAUUAGCCCAACUGCUUUGAAGCUCGCUCACAAGAAUUUGGCGUAUAAUUUGCGCCGGAAUUUAUUGACAAGCCGUGCUCUUAGCCAAGUCCACUUCCACCGUGCCGACGUUUUAGGCAAAGAGGACAAUGUAUCUGUGCCAACGAUACAGGAGACUCUACGAGAACACUUCCCUCGGCGUGAAGCGUUUGGAAACGCAGGUGGGCUGACAUCAGACUUCGAAUGUGAUUUAUUGAUCUCCAAUCCGCCCUAUAUCUCUAAUGCGGAUUUCCGUAACGGCACCACAUCUCGAAGUGUUAGGCGUUUUGAGCCACAAUUGGCAUUGGUGCCUAACACUCCCCAGUCGGAAAUCCCUGAGGGUUGUAACGCAGAAGAUGUUUUUUACCACCGAAUUCUAUCCCUCUCGCUUCAAUCACAAGCAAAGAUUACCGUUCUUGAAUGCGGGGACACCAUGCAAGCGUGUCGGGUCGUCGCCAUGCAUCAAGCAAUGAGCGCGAAGCAGGCUGGGCAAUUUAUCACAGAAGUUUGGCCAAACUCGGACCAGGAUUUUGCGGCGAAUGGCUUCCACCCCCAGGAUGGCUCGCGAUGUGUGAUCAUACAGAGGCGAGAUAAUGUAAAUGAAUAA